AUGUUCGUUGAAGCAGCGCUUCCCGCUUCGUACGCGACAACUUCGAGAGCGCCGCGGCAGCACCUCUUCGCCCUGCUCUGGAGCCGCGGCGCCCCGAGGAGCCUCCCCCAGAUCCACGCCCAGGUCGUCGUCAAUGGCUGCGCCGGCAGCAGCUUCGUCCUCGCCCAGCUGCUCUCCCGCUACGUCGGCUCCGGCCUCCUCGCGGACGCCUCGAGGGCCUUCGAGGGCGCUUGGAACCCGAGCACCCCCGCGUGGAACCAGAUGAUCCGGGGACACGGGCGGGGCCCCGCGCCGCGAGAGUCGGUGGAGUGCUGUGCUCGGAUGGUGCGCAAGGGUGCAGAGCCCGACGGCUACACGUUUUCCCAUCUCCUGAGCGCUUGCGUGCAGUUGGGCUUGUUCGGAGAAGGAUUGCAGGUGCACGGGAGGGUUGUGAGGGGUGGGUACGUUUGCCAUCCGUUUGUGAAGACUAAUUUGGUGAAUUUGUAUGCGAUGGGGGGAGGGGAGAGUGGGAUGAAGGAUGCGUGCAAGGUGUUCGAUGAUAUGGGCGAGAGGAAUCUCGUGUGUUGGAAUUCAUUGCUUGCUGGGUACGUUAGGCGCGGAGACAUGGGUGGCGCGCGGAAACUGUUUGACGAGAUGCGGGAGAUGAAUGUUGUCUCUUGGACGAUAAUGGUUGCUGGGUAUGCUCAGAAUGGAAUGUGUAGACAAGCGCUGAGCGUGUUUGAUGAGAUGCAGAGACUUCGGGUGGAGUUGGACCAGGUGGCCCUGGUAGCUGCGCUGUCGGCUUGUUCGGAGUUGGGAAAUUUGAAACUUGGCGGGUGGAUCCAUUCAUAUGUCGUAGAGAAAAUAUGUGCUAGAAAUCAGCAAUCGUCGGUCACUCUGAACAAUGUCAUUAUACACAUGUAUGCUAGCUGCGGCUCGAUAGAUGAAGCCUACGUGGUGUUCAGGAAGAUGCCACGGAGAAGCACAGUCUCUUGA